ACAUUAACGUAUGGCAACAAGGCGGUUAGUGUGCGAAUCUUUCAAGAGGUUAUUUAUCUGUAUUUAGAGCAGAAAAUAACUUGAAUAGUAUUUUUUUCUUUGCUGAAAUUGGAUAAAAAGCGUAACGCGGGAAAUACAGACUUCAAGAGGAAUUCAACCAACAACAUAAUGGAUUCUAUCAGCUUUUACUAACCGAAAACUUCCAGAAAAUGUUGGAGAAAAGAGCUACGGAGCUGAUUUUAGAGGACGACGUCGGAGGGAAAAACGUGAAGGAACCGUUCUGUAGUCAGUACCGCUGCGGUCCUCUGCUCGGCAGCGGGGGGUUCGGUUCUGUGUUUUCGGGCCAGAGGCUUUCUGAUGGACUGCAGGUUGCCAUUAAACAGAUUUCCAGUGACAGGGUUCAGCAGUGGGCCAGACUGCCCGGAGAGGCGGCUCCUGUUCCCAUGGAGAUCGCUCUGCUGCAGCAGCUGUCGGAGGUCGGAGGUCACGGGGCGGUGGUCCGCAUGCUGGACUGGUUCUGUGUGGAGGGGCGGGGCUUCCUGCUGGUGCUGGAGCGCCCCCCCCACUGCCAGGAUCUGUUCGACUUCAUCACGGAGAGAGGAGCGCUCCCUGAACGCCUCGCACUCAGGUUCUUCCGUCAGGUGGUGGAGGCGCUGCGGUUCCUUCACGCUCACGGCGUUGUGCACCGAGACAUCAAAGACGAGAACAUCGUGGUGGACACGAGGACGCUGGAAGUCAAGCUCAUCGACUUCGGAUCGGGGGCGCUGCUCAAAGAGACGCCGUACAGCGAGUUCGAAGGUACUCGUGUGUACAGCCCCCCCGAGUGGAUCCUAUCUCAGUCCUACGAGGCGGUCUCUCUCACCGUCUGGUCUCUCGGCGUCCUGCUCUUCGACUCCGUCUGCGGCGACAUCCCCUUCGAGCGAGACCAGGAGAUCGUCAGGGCAACGCCCGUCUUCACCCGCCGAGUCUCUAAAGAAUGCCAGUCUCUGAUUCGCUGGUGCCUGUCGUACCGCCCGGAGGAUCGUCCCACUCUGGAGGAGAUCCUGUCUCACCCCUGGAUGGUGGGAGGCGAGGGGGAGGAGGAGGAGGAAGGUGGAGAUCUGCAGGAGGAUCACAGCUCUCUGCCCAAACAGUCCCUGUGACGGAGCUCCAAUGAACUAAACCCGACACACAGAAACCUCACACUGGAUUUAAAGGGGCACAUGUUCAUGUUUUAACCCUUUCACGUAGAAACUCUGAUGGAGCUGAGGAAGGACUCAGACAAUAAACUCAUCAAAGGGUUAAAACAUGAUCGCGAUGAUCCGUCUACAGAUAUUUAUUUUCAUAUAUUGUUGCCCUUCAUGCUGCACUCGGCUGUACUACUGUUUAUUUUUUAUAUUUUUUAUAAUUAUUUGAUUUGGGCAGAAUGACUUCCUGUUGAGUUAUUUAUUGAAUUAAGUAUUUAUUUCAUUUUGGAAAAUACGGACCUAUUUUUUUUGGUUUUGUCACGGCUGCAUCAGGAAACAAACGCCCACUGAUUUACCCUUGAUUUUUUUUUUUUGCACCUUUACUGCCAUUCUUAUUGGGAUUUUGGAGCCUCGCUGCGGAGAAACUGGUGCGCUGUAGGUGCGCCGCGUUUGGAGGUGCUAGUGGAGACUGCGUUUGGCGUUGCAGUUACAACUCUCCGCCAGCAGAUGGGGGUGCUGCAGCCCCCUCAGUACCCCCCCCUUCCCGCGUCCAUGACAGUUGGUGUACAAGUAUAAGAAAAGGGAAGUAUUCAGUGACUAAAUACUAGUUUAGUGUUUGUGACCUUUAGUUCAUCUCAGGCAGAUUUCUCUCUUUGUCACUUCAGGUGAAACAGGAAAAGUCUGAGCACUAAAAAACUCCCAAAAAUGUUCUAACGCUACUUUUCAAACCAGUCGAACAGGACGGGUCCACCUACAGCUAGCAGAUCAUUGUUUUCAGUCCAUUCAAUGUCAGGAAAUGCUUCUCGCCCUUAGUUGAGAAGUUGGCUUAUUUGAUGCAAGAGGCCAACAAGUGAUCCAUUCUUAGACUAAUAUACUGUUAUUUAAAUCAAUGUUUCCACCAACAUAUCAUCCCAUUCUUUUGUCCUGAGGCAGCUUAUAAUACUAGGUGGAGUAUUUUUAUUUAAGUUUUCUCAUAUUGGUCAAAUUUGCUUGGAUUCUUUGGGAGUUUAAAGUACUCAGACUUUAAAAAAUGUAAACAAAUCUUAGUUAUUAAGAACUUUUGCAUAUUUUGUUUGCCUUGCCUGGAUAUCAGAUGUUUUUCAGCAUCUUGAUUUACUGUUGGAAAUAAGAUUUCUUUGUUGUUUCCAGACCAGUGCCACUGUAAAUACUUGUGUAUUUUUGCCUGGAUUUAUCGUCAAAGUGGCUCGUUGGUCACUUGUUCCUGUUUAUUUACAUUAAAUAAGAGUUUACGGAUCAAAAGAAGAGAACAAAUACAAUGUUUCGAAUAAAACAGUUUAGUUCUCACUAAAGCA